AUGGACGUAUCAGGAAUCGCACUUGUCACCGGUGGAGCUUCAGGCAUCGGCCGUGCAUGCGCGAGGGCAUUCGCUAGAGAUGGCGCCUCAGGAAUUGCCUUGCUGGACCUGAACGCCGAAGCCCUGGCCGCAGUCAAAGCCGAGAUCCAAGAGCUAUUCAGAAAACAAUCUGGCUCAAAGCCCUGCCGAGUCGAAACAUACCCCACAAAUAUCACCGACGAGAACCGUGUGAAUGAAGUCGUACAAGAAGUCGCCGCAACCUUCGGCCGACUGGACUACGUCGUCAACGCAGCCGGAAUUGCCAUGAAGCACCCAGGCGGCGCAGCAUUCUGCGAAACAUCCGACUGGGAGCGCAUUCUCAACAUCAACCUGACGGGAACAUUCUUCGUCCUGCGCGCUGCUGCGAAGAUCAUGUUGAAGCAGGAGCCGAUCCGAUCUUCUAUUAAUGGUCGGCCAUUGCAGCGGGGCUCAAUUGUCAACUUCUCGUCUAUUCAGGGUAUUGCUGGAAUCGCCCUAUCCACUGCAUACACUGCGAGCAAGCAUGCCAUUAUUGGACUGACGAGGACUGCGUCGGAGGAUUAUGCCAAGGAUGGAUUGCGCAUCAAUGCUAUCUGUCCUGGAUACACUGAGACUCCACUCACGACGAAAUCGCCUCAGAUUCUGGCGGCUAUGAAAGAGAAGGUUGCCAAUGCGGUGCCUAUGGAGCGUAUGGGUCAGCCUGAGGAGAUUGCCGACGGUGUUAUUUACCUGGCUGGUGGGAGGAGUUCGUUUGUUACUGGUACGGCUUUGUUCGUGGAUGGUGGUUAUACACAGAGAUAG